GUGAUAUACACGUUCUUUCUAGAAUGUGGUUUUUGUAUGCUCUUCAGAAUGGUCAAGACGCACAAAGAAUACUUCUUCGUCCAGGACUACUAUAUUCCAUAGGACGUAAAGGUGCUGAUAUUAUGCCUUUGAUUGCGGAAAAGUCAAUCAGUCGACGACAUGCGACUUUGAAAAUAGAGCCUAUCAAUGCUCAACAUAUGAUUGAUAUUAACUAUCGACCUUAUGUAUGGUUCCAUGAUUUAGGAUCAAAAUUUGGAUCUUAUGUGAAUUCUAUCCGAGUUGAAGGGGAUGCAUUGGAUCAAGGAAUUUAUAUGAAAGAUGGUGAUAUUCUCAAAAUGGGCACUAGAUCAUGUCAAUUUCGACUUUGUUGGGAACCUUUGAUAAUUAGUCGUCAAACAAUGACUCAAAUGGACAAACAAAAGUUGUACGAAGCAGCUCAAAAAAUAGGUGCAAAGAUUACUCAAUCUGUCCGAUCCUCAUAUACACAUGUUUUGGUAACAACAAUUCAAAUGAGCUUCAAAGUGGCUCGCUGUUUGGCUGAUGUGAAACCUAUUGUAUCUCAAGAAUGGUUGGAUGCUUUGGUUGCUCUACCCGAUGUGGAUUUCAAGUUUCCUUCUACUGAUGAUUAUAUGCCUCCAACGGAUGAUUCCUGUCGUGGUCCCCUUGGAAUCCCUGAUUUUAGGCCAAAUCCCCGUCGCUCAACUUUAUUUACUAAUAAACGAUUCAUCUUCUUUGAAGAGAAACAGUACCAGUCCAUGUCACCAUUGGUUAAUGCUUGUAAAGGUACAAGUGAACUACUCAAUACGAAGACAGCUGAUCCGUUUGAAGACAACUUGAACGCUGAUGAUGUUAUUGUUGUUGAUUCGGAAUGUUUGUCGGAUACUCAUGGUGGUCAAAAUAUUGUAUUUGCUUUAGAUUCUGUUCAAAGACGACCUGUGGAUCAAAUGGAAAUAUGUUGGGCAAUUGCUUAUUGUUCAAUUGAUACACAUUGUAACGCAAGAACUGACGCAUCUGCAGUGGCAGCAAUAUCCUCUAUCAAAAAUGCAUCUCGUUCAACCUCAGCCAGGGCACAAUCAUCAUCAAGGGCAACACAUAAUGGCUCAGUAGUAACAGCAAAGUCUUCUUCACCGAUCAUUUACCAAACGCCAAUACCACCAUCCACUUCUACAUCAAACUUAUCAGCAUCAAUGAAAAGAGAUCAGUCUAUAAUAACACAAGCAACCGAUAGAAAAGCAAAGACGAUGGAUUUAGAUGAUCUUUUUGAUGAUCUUAUUGGAGAUGAUCCUCCUCUUCCUCCUCCUAUCACAAACAAUUCAAAUAUCAAUGAAGCAUCAACCGCUGGCAAUCAUCACAAGAAAUUUAGUCCGAUGGCUCCUCAACGGCAAGAUGAUCAACCCUCAACCCCACUUUCGUCAUCAUCAGCAUCAGCAGCAGCAACACCAGCAAACCAUUCGUCCUCCAAUAUAGCUACUGAUGGUAUAAGCGUUGAUUCUACAACAGUAUUGAGACGUAGAAGAUCUGAUUCCCCUCUCGACAAUUCCCAUCAAACGGUGGCAUCAUCUACAAGCAAGCGACAAAAAACAAAUCAACAUAGGGACCCAGCGGAAUCAUUAAUCAAGGGGAAAGAGAGGUUACUCCAAAUUGUAGAAGGGACUGAUGCAGAUGAUAACAACAACAAUAGCAGCACCGACAUGAACAAUACUUUCAGUAACAGUGACUUGAGCCGUGACAUCCCACAAAGUAAUAAACAAUCUAGGCCAUCGAAAUCAUCAUCUACAACAUCGACAACUAUUCGAACACCAUAUACUCUUCCCGAGCUCGAAAAUGAAAAUACCGAAAUUAUCUCUGGAAAGCAAUAUACCAAGGUCAAUUAUAUUAGCAUGGUUGUUUCAAAUGAGCCUCAAAGGACGGUACAGGCAACACGACAGCAGAGUCCCAAUCAAAUCAAUUACAAAAGAUUCAAAAAGGCUUCACACCCUAUCCCAGCGGAUCCUCUUUACUUUAUAAGCAUGUCUACUGAAGUACAUUCAAAUCCAAGAGGUAUAUGAAAAAAAAAAGGAAUAAAGAGGAAUUAUCACUAUUUUCUUUAAUGUUGGUUUUAUUUUAUAUAUAUUAGAUUCGACCACUUUUCAAACAAGACCUAUAUCAAAUCAUAUUGAAGAAGACUUUUCUGAUAUCCGAAUUCGAUCAACUGGAUCACGUAGAAUGACACGAUUUUAGUUUAGUAUCAUCAUGAUGGAUCGAUACCCCUAUUAUUUUGUAUAUAAUAAAAGAUUUAUUUUACAACCAAC